GUUGCUUUUUCUUGUCCUGGCCCUCCUGGGAACAGAAGAAAAUAGAAGUGGAGGUAGAGUGUCUUCGAAGCAAAAAAAAAAAAAGGAAAUGGUGGGGAGCAAUUUUCUCUGAUUCCUGCCCGGCUCCCUACUUCGAUCAUUUUGUCUCCUCUCUGAAACUAAAACUCAUUCGGAAUUCUCAUUCUCGAUCUCCUGCUUAUCACAAAACCCUAGAUCUCAUCGGCCAUGCCGGGACUCGUCUCCCCCCCGGACGUGGCGGAGCUCCGGAUCACGGUGCCAGAUCGUGUCAGCACCCGAAAUAGAGAAAAUGGGGAUGAUCCCGACCUCCGCAGCGCUAAAAGCCGUUCACCAGCGCCAAAGAAAGGGUUGUUGCCCUCCCCGUCAUCAUCGUCCCGCGCCAAGCCCGCACCGGAGAAGAACUCUUCCGGUGGCAAGCGGCGAGGAUCUUCCAUUCUGGAAAAGCCACUCCUCGAUGAAUCAUCAUUGGAUAACCCUGAUCUCGGGCCUUUCCUGCUCAAACUCGCGCGCGACACGAUUGCCUCAGGCGAGGGACCGAAUAAGGCCCUCGAAUACGCGAUCCGAGCGUGCAAGUCGUUCGAGCGUUGCGCUGUUGAGAGCGGGGAGCCGAGCCUGGAGUUGGCGAUGAGCCUCCACGUGACUGCGGCGAUAUAUUGCAGUCUUGGGCGGUAUGAUGAGGCGCUGCCGGUUAUGGAGCGUGCCGUGACGGUACCAGACGUGUCACGUGGACCGGACCACGCACUCGCUGCCUUCUCCGGUUAUAUGCAGCUUGGGGACACACACUCCAUACUUGGCCACAUAGAUCAAUCCAUCGAUUGUUAUUCCCGCGGCCUCGAGAUUCAGAUCCAAGCCCUAGGUGACUCGGAUCCUAGAGUCGCCGAGACCUGCAGAUACUUGGCCGAAGCCCACGUCCAAGCAAUGCAGUUUGACAAGGCGGAUAAGCUCUGUCAGAGAACCCUUGAGAUCCACAGGGAGCAUAGUGAACCGGCUUCCAUCGAGGAGGCUGCAGAUCGACGAUUGAUGGCUAUUAUCUGCGAUGCUAAGGGUGACUAUGACGAGGCCCUCGAGCAUUUAGUGUUGGCCUCCAUGGCUAUGAUUGCUAACGGCCAUGAGGGUGAGGUUGCCUCCAUAGACGUGAGCAUUGGCAACACCUACCUUGCACUUGGUCGUUACGAUGAGGCCGUCUUCUCUUAUCAGAAGGCUCUUACCGUGUUCAAAUCCACCAAAGGUGAUAACCAUCCAGCUGUUGCUUUGGUGUUCGUACGCCUUGCCGAUCUUUAUUACAGAACGGGGAAGCUCCGCGAGUCACGAUCAUAUUGUGAAAAUGCUCUUCGAAUCUACGCCAAACCUGUUCCAGGGGCAGUGGCCGAAGACAUUGCUGGAGGUUUAGCGGAAAUCGCAAGCUUAUAUGAAGCGUUUGAGGAGCCUGAAGAGGCAUUAAAGUUAUUGCAGAGAUCUUUGAAGUUGCUGGAAGAUGUUCCAGGUCAAUGGAGCUCUGUUGCUGGUAUUGAAGCACAAAUUGGAGUAAUGUUUUAUAUUGUUGGCCGGUAUGAGGAGUCAAGAAACUCCUUUGAAAGUGCUGUUGGGAAGCUGAGGGCAGUUGGUGAAAAGAAAUCAGCAUUUUUUGGAAUGGUGCUAAACCAGAUGGGGUUGUCCUGCAUUCAAUUAUUUAAGAUUGACGAGGCUGCAGGGCUGUUUGAAGAAUCAAAAGCAAUAUUGGAGCAGGAAUAUGGGACGAGCCAUCAGGACACUCUUGGUGUGUACACUAAUCUUGCGGCUACCUAUGAUGCUAUGGGAAGGUGACUCAAACUUCAACUGUUUU